UACCAACAGGAAACGAUGUAGUUAUCUCCCUUGGCAUAAAGAUGUUCUUAGAAAUGGAUUGUGUAUUUCAGACGUAGGCAAACAUUCGAUUUGUCUCACUAUGAAUAUACAACCGCCGUUUACGGUGAGAAUUAGAACAGAACAAGAACAGGACAUGGACUGGAUGGUACAGCCAGGAGAAAUCACGUUCCAUCAGGCAUUAGAAGUCAUUUCGCAAGUGUUACCCCAAGCAUCUAUUACUGCAUUUGAAUAUGAGGAUGAAGAAGGGGAUAGAAUCACUGUCCGGAGUGAUGAAGAGAUGAGUACAAUGUUCCAGAUGUAUUUUAGCUUACUAAGUGAGGAGGACAUGGUUCGAGGAUUGCUGCCCCCUCUGAUUAUCUACCCUAGAGUGGGAAAGACAGCAAAAAACAGAAACAUUCAUGGAUUAAAGAUAAAAACAGACAAACAAUCUACUAGUAAACCAGCCAAGCUUGUUGCGGGGGUCAAACCUUCUGUUGGUCAGAGCACCAACUCAGUAAAUAAUCAACCUCAAAACCAAUAUCAACAGCAACAACAACAGGUUCAACAACAACAGGUUCAACAACACCAGGUUCAACAACAGGUUCAGCAAGCUGGGUACCAGCAACCACCGACAAAUUCGGUUGCCUAUCAGCCACCAGGUGGAGCUAGUCUACGCCAAAUUUUAUCAAACAUGGUGAUAGGUGACUCUGAUUUGCAGGUGUUGGAAUUACUAGGGAAGGGAAAUGGAGGUCUGGUACACAGGGCUUACCAUAAACCUACUGGUACUAUAAUGGCUGUCAAGGUGAUGAAAUUGGAUGUAGAUGUAGAUGUACAGAGACAAAUCAUCUCAGAAUUAGAAAUACUCAGCAAGUGCAAUUCUCCAGCCAUCAUAGAUUUUUACAAGGCCUUCUUUGUGGAAAACAGAAUUUCCAUAUGCACAGAGUAUAUGGAUGGUGGUUCGCUUGACCGAUAUGGACAGGUGCCAGAACCAGUCCUCGGACGUAUGGCAGUGUACAUCAUCCAGGGCCUGUGUUACAUGUGGAGUCUCAAAAUACUACACCGAGAUAUCAAACCGUCCAACAUUCUAGUCAAUACCUCCGGCCAAGUAAAGCUGUGUGAUUUCGGAGUUAGUGUCCAGCUGAUAGAAUCUAUCACUAGGACUUAUGUGGGAACCAACGCUUAUAUGGCUCCGGAGCGGAUACGUGGAGAAGAAUAUAGCUCUCCAGCUGAAGUCUGGAGCCUUGGAUUCAUGCUCUUUGAGCUUGCUACUGGUGAAAUUCCAUAUGGAAAUCCAAAAUCCUAUGCUACACCAGUGCACCUUCUGAAUGUAAUUGUAUCAGAGGAGCCACCAGAACUGUCUGCUGCCAACUUUUCUGCUGACUUUGUACAUUUUGUGGCAAACUGUAUGCGCAAGUCCCCAGCCCAUCGACUGACAACAGAAUUGUUAAAGACACACCCCUUUAUACAGCGUCAUCAUGAUGGGAAUGUUAGUGUAAUAGCUGCUUUUAUACAGAGUAAACUACCACAAAUACAACAGGGAAAAGUCAGCUGAUCAUCACUGUGUAGGAGCUUGUAUGUGAUAAAUGUUUAUAUACAGAGUAAACUAGCUGAUGUUCACCUUGUAGAAGCUUGUAUGUGAUCAAAGUUUAUAUAAAGUAAACUCCCAAACACAGGGCAUUGUCAGCUGUUGUUCACAGUGAAGGUGCUGGUAUGUGAUAAAUGUUUGUACGGAGUAAACUGUCAUAAAUACAGCAGGAAAAAUUCAGCUGAUGUUCACUGUGUAUGAGCUUGUGUGUGAUCAAAGUUUACCAGUUAACUGUCCCAGGACAAAGUCAUCUGUGUUACAGUGUAUGAGCCUUUAUGUGAUAAAAGAUAAUACAAAGAAAGCUCACGGUAUAGGAGCUUGUAUGUGUUAGCAGUUUAGGACACUGCCACCAACACAACAGAGUAAACCAACUGUAGGUCACUUUCUAGGAGCUUGUAAGCGAUUUCUGCUUUUAUACAGAGUAGGCUGCCUCAAAUACAUUGGGCAAAAGGAAAGUUAUAGCUGUAUAAUGAUCAUUAGGAUUAGCUUAUAUUUAAAGUGACCAGAACAAUGUGUGAUCUACAUUAAUAGCAAGUGAUAGGUAAUUGAUGAUCGAAUGUCGAUCUGUAUGGUUGGAUCAUGGUAUUACCAUGUUAACAACAGGUUGUUACUGAUAAUAGUAUCCCCAUGUUUAGUCGUGCGUUCCUUUAUCGGGUUCGUACCAGUUGUACUGGUACAAAUCUGCUGUACUCGCAAUGGAGCGGUAUACUAGGAGGACCAAACCGGUUCAUGUGGUUCAUUUCCUGAAACGUACCACUUGGAUCCAAAAUGGCGGAAUUGCGAUGCUUCAUUCGUCAUACUCAUGUACGUUUUGUUAAAAACGAGACAAGAAAUCUUCAUUUGCGAUGAAAUUGUAUAAAUUACACUGCUAAUAUAUGACGGAAUCUAUUACGUUGUGAAAAGAAAAAUAACCGUUUUUUAUGUUUGAAGCGUUUGGUUUGUAGAGACGGCUGCCAUCUUAGGAACUCACUUGAGAUUCAUUUGUGUUCCAUUAUAUGGUACUUAUUUGGUACACCUGGUACAAACCCGAUAAAGGAACACACGGUAGGUGUGAGGAGUGAAAUCAAAAUUGUGAACUGUGACAGUUGUUGAAAAGGAUGGUGUCUGUUAAUUGUCGGAAGAUAAUACUAGCUACAAAUCAAUACAGUAAAAAAUAAAUUACAUUUUAGUGGGUGUAGGUGAAUGCAGGCUCCUGUCGGUAGUCUUUAUACUGAAUCUGGAAUUACAUAGUCAAUAGUGCUGAAGUUCAAAUACAUUCAAGACACAAGCAGUUUGUGUUGUAACAAUCUGUCAAUAUUAGCUCACUAGAGCUAUUUUAUGACAAACAACUACAUGUAUAGUGAUUUAGUUGUGCAAGUCCUUUAGGCUGAUGUUGGUGGGGAGACCAUGUAUUAUGUGCCAAAUAGUGUAGUAUGAUUCAUAAUGUGAUUUUUGUAUUUAGAUAAAUAAAUACUCGAUUGAAGCAGUGUAAGUAAUGAUUAUAUAUUUCAAAUGAUAUGUAAACCUUUGUUUAAAACAUUUCCACUUCAACUAAUCCUAUAUUGUUUACACUGGGCUAUGUAUGCCAUUGACUUACAUUCUACCUGCAUAUAUAGCCCUUGCCAGCCAAAAAAUAUGCCAUGUACAUAAGUUAACGAGAACAGUCAAACACAUGUAAACCUAGUAAAUACUAGCCACAUUAACCCACCUGGAUACAGAGAACUUUUCUUUUAUAUCUUGAUCAGUUGAGUUGUAUGACUAGUAAUCCAGAGGUCCUGGGUUUGAUCAAUAACAGGUAUUGAAAUAAAUUUAAUAAAUCAUGCUCUCUCUUACACACAUAUCACAAUCAGCACAUUUACCUUGAACAAGUAAAACGAGAGACAAAUAUGUUAAUGUUUGUCAAUAGGCAAGAGUUCAAAGCUUUGUGACAAAAAUUUGACGAUUUUUUUUUUCAAUGUAAAAUGUUCCCCUAUCCAUUCAAAGAAAUCAUAUGUCCAUGGCACAGCAUUAUGAUCUAGCUCGGUCACUUCCUCUUGUUUCAAUCUAUCAGAUGGUAUAGUGUAAGCUGACAUGACAGCUGAUGGCCAUGGGGGCCGAGACUGACAGCACAGCUGAUACAGCCACUGAGAUGGAAUAAUUACUGGUACACCGCGUCAGAUAAUGCCAUGAGAUACUGCUAUUUAUUUUUAAAUAUUAUAUACCUCAUCAACAUAAUAUCCACUGUUUGAAAAGUGCCAGUUUUAGUGUUUUAAUCAUUACAUGCUAGAAUAAUGAAAUAUACAUGUAAUUGUUUUGAAUUAGGAUUGGAUAUGCAGCAUUGAGAUAAAAAUUGAUAUACACAUAUUUAGUGAAGAGGUGUGAUAGUACAUGUACUCUCAAUGUCCAUACCUGGUAUACUUUUUUGCUUAAAUCUUUGUGUCGAAUUAUAAGUUGCUAAAUUGCAAUCAUUUUGUAUAUUAUCUGUAAAAUCUUUGACUUUAUAGAUUGUAUCAAAAUAUGUAACCAUGCUAUAUAUUUAAUUGAAAAUAGUACAAAAAUAGAAAAUAGUAAUCACAGAAUACUGACUUCCCAUUGGCUUAUACACACAUGGGUGCAAUUUUUUUAGGCGAGCAGGGCAUUAUCAAAUUUGGCGUGAGAUUGCAACAUCACUGUUAACGUUAUGAUUGAGGUAGACACUGAAAAUAGUUGACACUGACAGGCCUGUUGGUGAAAUAUUCAGUUGAUUAUUAAAAUUAACAAAGUUAAUGCAAGCAUGAUAUACUGAAAAUAUAUAACCUUCUUUUGAGGGCACUAUAGUUCAAUAGGGUUGUCUCAAAAUGGAACAGUACUGUCAUCCCUUGACAACACUAUUUGAUCAUAGUGCCCUCAAAUUAUGUAUAAUUAUGUACUCUGUGAUGAAAAUUGACAUGCAUGUCUGAAAAAGUAUCUGUACUUAUCUGUAAUUGUUUAGUAUUAAUGUACUGUACUAACCAUAUUUAUCUGCAAAUAAGCCCGUCCACAAAUAAGACCCUGUCCACAGAUAAGCCCCUGUCCACAAAUAAGCCCCUGUCCACGAAUAAGCCCCCUUUAUUUUCCUAGGAAUCAUCAAUUUUGAAAUUGAAAGUGGUUCACAAAUAAACCUCCCCAGAUUACAUACCUUAACACUAGGAGGGGCUUAUUUACGGUUAAAUACGUGUUAUUUGUUAUGGUGAACUUUUGUAAUUGCCUGUUAACUAAAAUAUUUUCUACCAAGAGCUUAAAGAUGCCAUCCCUUUUCAGCUUAGAAAGCUAGGCCAUGGCAUAUAGUAGGGUGUAAAAAUCAGGCAAAACUAUUAGUUUUAUUAACUCAUUUUAUACUCAUAUACAACAUUUAUCCUGUAAUAAUCCCAAAUAAGCCUGGUUACUCAAAGUAGAGGUGGGUGGAUAUUGAAGGACAAUGAAGCCUAUUUUAACAUUUCAUUGCGAUAGACAUAGGUGGGCUUAUUACCAGGGUUUAUUACAGGAUUCAAUGAUAGGCUGGUUGUCCUAUGUCUAUGUUGCUGGUCAACUAGGGAUUAUUGUAUUCUAGCCUUAGACAUUCCCAUAGAUUCCAUUAUGAAACAUUUGUAAUGUUUGCUUUUAAAAGUCAAUAAAUCUUUAAUACAAACUA